AUGGAGAUAAAAAUUAUUUCAGAGCUUCAGUUGAGGAUUAAGUGGGAUAAUGGAUGUAAAGGGCCCGCUCCCCGGCUCCUCCCUCCUCCCGACCUUGAGGCCGUGAAGGUGAAGGUAGAUGAGAUCGCUAAGGCUCAGGCCAUCUGGCCUGGUGGUGACACGAUCUUCAGGAAGAUCCUUCGCAAGGAAAUCCCAGCCAAAAUUAUUUAUGAGGAUGACCAGUGUCUUGCUUUCCAUGACAUUUCCCCUCAAGCCCCAACACAUUUUCUGGUGAUACCCAAGAGACAUAUAUCCCAGAUUUCUGCAGCAGAUGACGAUGAAAGUCUUCUUGGAUAUUUAAUGAUUGUUGGCAAGAAAUGUGCUGCUGAUCUGGGCCUGAAGAAGGGGUAUCGAAUGGUGGUGAAUGAAGGUUCAGAUGGGGGACAGUCUGUCUAUCAUGUUCAUCUCCAUGUUCUUGGAGGUUGGCAGAUGAAUUGGCCUCCUGGUUAA